GGGAUCGAGAUGCAUAAUACUUAAAGUAUGUACACUUAGUAAAACUUUCGAAAUAGCAAUGUAAAGUAAGAGGAAUUUUGCUCCCUAUUUGGCUCAGCAGGACGAGAAAAGUCAGCAUGGAGGACAUAGAGGAUAUAAUGCGAAUGGACAAAGAAAAGCUGGCGGCGCCCAUCAAGACAAUAGAGGAAAAGUGGAAAUUGUUGCCAGCAUUUCUGAAAGUGAAAGGGCUAGUCAAACAGCAUAUUGAUUCCUUCAACUACUUUAUCAAUGUGGAGAUCAGAAGUAUCAUGAAAGCCAAUGACAAAAUCUUGAGUGAUGCAGACCCAAACUUUUACAUGAAAUAUCUGAAUAUCUAUGUUGGAAUGCCAGAUGUGGAGGAAGGAUUCAACAUCACCAAGCCGAUUUCUCCUCAUGAGUGCCGUUUGCGUGACAUGACAUAUUCUGCUCCUAUCACCGUGGAUAUCGAGUACACUCGUGGAAACCAGAGAAUCGUCAGAAACAACUUACCCAUCGGGAGAAUGCCUAUCAUGCUGAGAAGCUCUAACUGUGUGCUGAAUGGAAAGAGUCCUGCAGAAAUGGCCAAACUGAACGAGUGUCCGAUGGACCCGGGUGGCUACUUCAUCACCAGGGGCACUGAGAAGGUCAUCUUAAUCCAGGAGCAACUGUCUAAAAAUAGAAUGAUUGUGGACACGGAUAGCGGGCGAAAUCGGUCCAUAGAAUGUUCUGUAACAAGCUCAACUCAUGAGAGGAAGAGUAAAACAUAUGUGUCAACUAAAAAGGAGAAAUUCUACCUGAGACACAACACAUUUACAGAGGACAUCCCUGUGGCGAUAGCCUUCAAGGCGAUGGGAAUCGAGUGUGACCAGGAGAUUGUCCAGAUGAUCGGCAGUGAGGAGGAGAUUCUGACUUCUGUCGCCCCCUGUCUGGAGGAGUGCCACCGCGCACAGGUGUUCACACAGCUACAGGCCCUGAAGUACAUUGGACAAAGAGUUAGACAGAGACGAAUCUGGGGAGGAUCAAAGAAAACAAAGUUAGAGGAAGCCAGAGAGGCUCUUCAUGACAUUGUGUUAGCACAUGUUCCGGUGGUGGAGUGGAACUUUAAACUGAAGGCCGCCUACCUAGCGCUGAUGGUCAGACGGGUCAUCCUGGCCAAAGAUCAGCAGAUGAAAGGUGACGACAGAGAUUACUAUGGCAACAAGAGGCUGGAGUUGGCUGGACAGCUUCUUUCACUAUUGUUUGAAGAUCUUUUCAAAAAAUUUAACUCAGAGUUGAAGAGAAUCGCAGACAUGACAAUCCCAAAACCGCGUGCAGCUCAGUUUGACAUCAUCAAACACAUGAGGCAAGACCAGAUCACCAACGGACUAGUCAACGCCAUCUCCUCGGGAAAUUGGUCAAUCAAGAGAUUUAAGGUGGAGCGAGCAGGUGUCACUCAGGUGUUAUCUCGUCUGUCAUACAUCUCAGCCCUCGGGAUGAUGACUCGAAUAUCUAGUCAGUUUGAGAAGACACGGAAGGUGAGCGGUCCGCGUUCCCUGCAGCCGUCACAGUGGGGGAUGCUGUGUCCCUCCGACACUCCAGAGGGGGAGGCUUGUGGACUAGUCAAGAACCUGGCCCUGAUGACCCACAUCACUACAGACCUGGACGAAAGUCCAAUCGUCCGCCUGGCGUUUAACUUGGGAGUGGAGGACAUCCAGCUCCUGAGCGGGGAGGAAAUGACCAGUCCCAUGGUCUACAUGGUCUUCCUUAAUGGUAACAUUUUGGGAGUGAUACGGGAUUACAACAAACUAGUCCACACGUUCCGCCUGAUGCGACGAUCGGGGUACAUCAGCGAGUUUGUCUCUGUCUGUACCAAUCACACUCACCGCUGCGUGUACAUCUCGACAGACGGCGGCCGACUCUGUAGACCUUACAUAAUUGUACAGAAAGGACAACCUUUAGUGAAACAGAGACAUAUAGAAGAAUUAACUCAGGGAUUCAGAAGUUUUGAUGACUUCUUGAAGGAAGGGCUGGUGGAAUACUUAGAUGUGAAUGAGGAGAAUGACUGUAUGAUUUCUCUGUACGAGACUGGAAUCACUAGGGAGACAACUCAUUUGGAGAUUGAACCAUUCACUAUACUGGGAGUCUGUGCGGGAUUGAUUCCCUACCCCCAUCACAAUCAGUCCCCCCGAAACACAUACCAGUGUGCUAUGGGAAAGCAGGCCAUGGGUACCAUUGGAUAUAAUCAGAGGAAUAGGAUAGACACAUUGAUGUAUCUGCUGUGUUAUCCUCAGGCUCCACUGGUCAAGUCUAAGACUAUCGAGCUGAUCCACUUUGACAAGUUGCCAGCUGGACAGAAUGCCACGGUAGCUGUGAUGAGUUUCAGUGGAUACGACAUAGAGGACGCCCUUGUCCUGAACAAAGCUUCCCUAGACAGAGGAUUUGGUCGUUGUCUGGUGUACAGAAAGCAGGCCUGCACUCUAAAGAGAUAUACCAACCAGAGCUUCGAUAAGGUGAUGGGACCAAUGGUGGAUGCCAACAGUCACAAGCCGAUCUGGAAACACGAGGCCUUAGACUCGGACGGAAUUUGUUCCCCAGGAGAGAGAAUUGAAAACAGACAGGUGCUUGUCAACAAAUGGAUGCCUACUGUCACCAUGAACCCUAUACAACAAUCACCUACCACCCAGGGACAACCCCAGGGGCCGGAAUACAGAGAGGUUCCCAUCACGAUCCUAUUCUGCCUGUUAGUGAUGUCAGCUGGAUCAACUGAUUUCAAACAGAUGACCAGUGCUUAUAAAUCAAAGUAUUCCGGCCAGGCUGACCACUACUGCACUAGCUUUAUAGUCAGCCACACAGAUAUCCAGAUUCCUGUUCUCACUGAUGUAUUUAAUGUAACCACCAGAUGAAUAGAGAUGUCGACACUGAUCAACAAAUUGUGUGGUUUGCUGUCUGUUUUAAUCUGAGUCACAGAAAAGUUUGAAUUCUUUGUGAUUCUUAAUCUCUACGGUAACCAGGAAAUCACUAAGGAGAUACUUUAGGCAUUGCAAGAGGUCUCCUUCCCUGUAUAAUUCUUCAGUAGGGUUACCGUAUUGGCAGGUCUCCUCUACACCCCUGUAUAAUUCUUCAGUAGGGUUACCGUAUUGGCAGGUCUCCUCUACACCCCUGUAUAAUUCUUCAGUAGGGUUACCGUAUUGGCAGGUCUCCUCUACACCCCUGUAUAAUUCUUCAGUAGGGUUACCGUAUUGGCAGGUCUCCUCUACACCCCUGUAUAAUUCUUCAGUAGCGUUACCGUAUUGGCAGGUCUCCUCUACACCCCUGUAUAAUUCUUCAGUAGGUUUUCCUUAAUGGGGUCAGUAUAAACAAGAUCUUCGUCCCCUGUCACUGCUAUGUCCGACGGUUUUUUCCCUGAUUUGGUUGUAAAUGAUUUCGGUAGUUUUUCUUGCAGUUUGUGCAGCUUCAUGAUUUUGUUAAAUCCGCGUCAUGUUAUCGUUUGUAGUGAUGAAAGUCACAAGAUGGUGUAAAGUUGUGAGUUCCUUUAUUCAACUUACGGAUUUUUUUCAUUAAUAUGGUGGAAAUGAUGAAGAUGAAAACAACACAUUGUCAGUACUAAGACAAUCACAAAUUAAUACAUUUCGAUAGAACAUUUAUUCAAUACUUCAGCUAUUGGUCACUUUGUAGACCCAUGUCUUGUCCACUCAAUAUAUCUAAAGAAUCACUUGACAUUUACUAAACUUGGUACAGUGGUUGCCCCUAGAGAUUAGAUGACCCGAUGUGAUUCUCAGGUACAUGGCCAAGAAUCAGUCUUCGGGUCUGUAGACCAAAUCUUGUCUGCCCGAUACCUAAAGAAUCCUUUGCUUGACAGUUACCAAACUUGAAAACUGUAGAUGGCCCCUAUUGGUUUUCCUCCCUGGGAAUCAGUUUGGACAAAAUCUCUUCAUUGAUAAUAGCUGUACUUCAUAAUGAAGACAUCUAAAAACAAAAUUGAAAUAAUUAUAAAUCAUUGAAUAAAAUUGAAUGCCUCUUUAUAAACAGAAUAUGUUCUGUUCUUUUGAGUGAUCGUUUCUAACACCUUUUCUCUUACGGUUACUUAUUUCACAUUUCCAGUCAGAUUUGGCGUCUUUAUUCUUCUUUCGAUCACAGAGAAGAAUAUGUUCAUUACAAGCUGGUUGUCUUGAUUUCUUUGGAUGAGUAUGAAUAUGAAAUCUGACCCACCCUCUGUCGUAUCUCAAGUGACAAAGUUAAAAAUAAAACACCUCAAGCAUGUUCAAAGAUUUUAGAAGUUCUAUUUUUCAAGACAAUUGCUAUUGAGGACUUGUUGAUGAGUUGUCUUGUUUUUACCUGUAGUGUCAGUGAGUUUUUCUUUAAAUUAGUUGACUUUCAAUGAAUCGGACUUGUCAAUGAUUUGUCUUUUUUCUACUUGUUGUGUCGGUGAGUUUUUCUUUAAAUCAGUUGACAUUCAAUGAAUCGGACUUGUCAAUGAGUUGCCUUUCCUUGACUUGUCUAGAGCCUGCGUUUUACUUACAGUUGAAAAAUUCCAAUGACAUUUUUUUUGGUGUUUAGUUGAAGAAGAGUUUGACUAUUCAAUACUUAGAAGUUGAAUAUUAUAUGCCUAUUUUGUGGCUAUGAGGACAAUACCAAGUUUAUUUUCCCCCAAGACAGCAACUAUUUCCCGAGGCGCAGCCAAGGGAGAUGGUUGCUUUCGAGGGGGACAAUAAACUUGCUAUUGUCCGAAUAGUCAGUAAAUUGGUGUUUUAUUAUACCAUAGUAGACUUAACUUGUGUCAGACAUACCAAAGCGAAGUUUACCCUCUCCAUUGUCGUUUGGUAAACUAAUUAGAGUUAUUGGACUUUGAAGUAACAGAUUUAAUAAUAUUCUGAAAAAGAAAAUGCAGGAAAAUAUAGCCUCCGGUAAACAGUUUCGAGACUAUAUCCCUAGGGCAGAUAGUUCAGAAACUAUUUCACGGUGAGCAUUAUCCAGAAGGAAUAGCAAAUUUUUUCACCUAACAUUUAUAUAGCAAAAACAUUCUGAGGUAUAAUAAAGUCAACUAUUCAAUACUAAACUGUUGCAUAGUAAACAGUUUACUGUUGACUAAAUAUUAAACUAUUCAAUUGUUGGUUUAAAGUUAGCAAAUAAGAAAAAAACUAAAAAUUGCACUUAAAUUUUGUCACAUUCUAAUUUCUACAGAAAUGACUGCAUCAGUUUUUGUUCAAUUUUUGCAAGGGUGCGAGUACUUAGUACUAGGGUACCAAAAAAUAUAUAUUAUUUACUGAUACAAUGAAAUACUUAAAAGAAAAACAUGAAUUCACAUAAAAUGCAAAUAUAACAAUUUACUGUAUAAUUAUAAACAUUGGCAUGAAACGCUGUGCCACAACAUUGAACGUGAAUUACUAUUUAACUGGGACUGCUGCAAAGGACAGGAGAUGUGCAAUUAUACAUAGAUAAAAUUUCUUUUAUUCCGUUUAUCAAAAACCUUUACAAUUUUACAUGUAUAAUAUAUCUCCAUUCUGACAGUCUAUGUGUAGUCAGUUUCAUUUAAAGACACAGAAAUAGUGCUGUUUAUCAAUGAAUUUUCUAGUACAAUCUUGAAAGACAAUGGUGCAACCAUUAUGUCAUCUUUCUACUAAAUAUGACAUGAAGUCUAGAACAAUCUAAGUCACAGGUGUCAAUGACAAGUAAACAAAACUUUUGAAAACUAUCUAGGUCAAUUUAGUGUAAAUAAUUAAUAAUAAAAUAAUUAAUAAUGAAAUACAUAACAACUGAUACAGAUAACCAGGGUUGGCAAAAAAGUGGUCAAUAUGAGUAUUGACCUGGCCGAUGGUAAAUACUGGUUAAAACCGGCCAAUACUGGUUAAUACUGGUCGAUUGAAGAUUAUUUGGUCAUUAUAGUCUGUUAAUAUUUUAAAUGUUUAAGUGACCAUUAUGGUAAAUACUGUCAUUCAUAACAUGCACUAUCAGUCUAUAAUAUACUUAUAAGUCAUCAUAUUAAAUAAAUAAUGUACAAAUGACUCUGUUGAUUUGGGGAAGAUGUAAAAGUUUCUGUUCAAAUUCCUUAGUUUAACAAGAAAUACCUAUAAGUAUUGUUUCAUCAAUCUUCAUUUUUAACUGUUGAAUAAACAUUUGAAAGGGUGAGUUGGUGAUGUUUUCAUAACAAUAACAGGCACACUGGUCAUCUCUGGUCCCAGCCUAUGCUUAUUAACACCUGUCAACUCUGCUUCCUGUGCUCAGGUAAUGUCCAGCUACCUUUUAUUCUUAAUCUGUCCAGGUACAUGUGUUAAGAGGCCUGUCUCCCAUUGUCAGCUAUGCUAUAGAAUGUGACCCUCUGGUAGGUACUGAAGAUAUUGCAGUUAGUUUCAGCAAACCAAAUAUAUUAAACUUAUGAAAUUACAUUUGAUUAUCUAAAGAAAAAUAUUAAUCAACAAUUGAUCCAUAUAAUGAAAAGACUUAAUUUAUCUUUAUCUUUGCAAGAAAUGUACAAAAAUAGGAAAAUGGACAGUUUAAAUCACAAUUGACCAGUAUUGACCACUUGGGGGUAUUGACCGGGACGGUUAAAACCACUGGUUAAAACUGGGGGUGGUUUUAACCGCCCAACCCUGCAGAUAACACGUUAGAGUUAAACCCAGUGUCUCCGGUAUUUUCACUAAAAUAACACUACACAGUUAAACCCAGUGUCUCCGGUAUCUUCACUGAGGUGACACUGUACAGUUAAACCCAGUGUCUCCGAUAUCUUCACUGAGGUAACACUGUACAGUUAAACCCAGUGUCUCCGGUAUCUUCAUAGUGUGGCCUUCUUCUGUUGUAACAUAUAAUGAUGUUAAUAAACCAAGCAUUUCAUUAAGCCGGUGUCUCCGGUAUCUUCACUGAGGUAACACUGCACAGUUAAACCCAGUGUCUCCGGUAUCUUCACUGAGGUAACACUGUACAGUUAAACCCAGUGUCUCCGGUAUCUUCAUAGUGUGGCCUUCUUCUGUUGUAACAUAUAAUGAUGUUAAUAAACCAAGCAUUUCAUUAAGCCGGUGUCUCCGGUAUCUUCACUGAGGUAACACUGCACAGUUAAACCCAGUGUCUCCGGUAUUUUCACUGAGGUAACACUACACAGUUAAACCCAGUGUCUCCGGUAUCUUCACUGAGGUAACACUGAACAGUUAAACCCAGUGUCUCCGGUAUCUUCAUAGUGUGGCCUUCUUCUGUUGUAACAUAUAAUGAUGUUAAUAAACCAAGCAUUUCAUUAAGCCAGUGUCUCCGGUAUUUUCACUGAGGUAACACUGCACAGUUAAACCCAGUGUCUCCGGUAUCUUCACUGAGGUAACACUGUACAGUUAAACCCAGUGUCUCCGGUAUCUUCACUGAGGUAACACUGCACAGUUAAACCCAGUGUCUCCGGUAUCUUCACUGAGGUGACACUGUACAGUUAAACCCAGUGUCUCCGGUAUCUUCAUAGUGUGGCCUUCUUCUGUUGUAACAUAUAAUGAUGUUAAUAAACCAAGCAUUUCAUUAAGCCGGUGUCUCCGGUAUCUUCACUGAGGUAACACUGCACAGUUAAACCCAGUGUCUCCGGUAUCUUCACUGAGGUAACACUGUACAGUUAAACCCAGUGUCUCCGGUAUCUUCAUAGUGUGGCCUUCUUCUGUUGUAACAUAUAAUGAUGUUAAUAAACCAAGCAUUUCAUUAAGCCGGUGUCUCCGGUAUCUUCACUGAGGUAACACUGCACAGUUAAACCCAGUGUCUCCGGUAUUUUCACUGAGGUAACACUACACAGUUAAACCCAGUGUCUCCGGUAUCUUCACUGAGGUAACACUGCACAGUUAAACCCAGUGUCUCCGGUAUCUUCAUAGUGUGGCCUUCUUCUGUUGUAACAUAUAAUGAUGUUAAUAAACCAAGCAUUUCAUUAAGCCAGUGUCUCCGGUAUUUUCACUGAGGUAACACUGCACAGUUAAACCCAGUGUCUCCGGUAUCUUCACUGAGGUAACACUGUACAGUUAAACCCAGUGUCUCCGGUAUCUUCAUAGUGUGGCCUUCUUCUGUUGUACCAUAUAAUGAUGUUAAUAAACCAAGCAUUUCAUUAAGCCGGUGUCUCCGGUAUCUUCACUGAGGUAACACUGCACAGUUAAACCCAGUGUCUCCGGUAUCUUCACUGAGGUAACACUGUACAGUUAAACCCAGUGUCUCCGGUAUCUUCAUAGUGUGGCCUUCUUCUGUUGUAACAUAUAAUGAUGUUAAUAAACCAAGCAUUUCAUUAAGCCAGUGUCUCCGAUAUCUUCACUGAGGUAACACUGCACAGUUAAACCCAGUGUCUCCGGUAUCUUCAUAGUGUGGCCUUCUUCUGUUGUAACAUAUAAUGAUGUUAAUAAACCAAGCAUUUCAUUAAGCCGGUGUCUCCGAUAUCUUCACUGAGGUAACACUGCACAGUUAAACCCAGUGUCUCCGGUAUCUUCACUGAGGUAACACUGCACAGUUAAACCCAGUGUCUCCGGUAUCUUCACUGAGGUAAUACUGCACAGUUCAACCCAGUGUCUCCGGUAUUUUCACUGAGGUAACACUGCACAGUUAAACCCAGUGUCUCCGGUAUCUUCACUGAGGUAACACUGCACAGUUAAACCCAGUGUCUCCGGUAUCUUCACUGAGGUAACACUGUACAGUUAAAACCCAGUGUCUCCGAUAUCUUCAUAGUGUGGCCUUCUUCUGUUGUAACAUAUAAUGAGGUUAAAGAACCAAGCAUUUGAUUAAGAUAGCCAUGUUCUUCUGAUGUAAGAGAUAAUGGCGACAAAGAACCAAAUAUUUCAUGAAGAUGGUAUGUAUUGAUCUUUUGGGGUAAUCUUUUGAACUCGGAAAUUUCUAGAUUUGUAAAAAAAAAAAAAAAUUGAAAGGGAGGCGUCAUUCAAGUGCAGUAUUUUUCUCUUCGGGUGUAGAUUUUUCUGAGUUCUGUGAUUCUGUGUGUGUGAUUUCAUCUGGGUAGUUGUUUAUCAUCUCCGCAAUGGCAGAUUUCCAUUGGUUGACAAUGGCUGUGAUCUCCUGAUGUGAGAUUUCUUCUUGUUCUUCAGUGGCUGUGGUCAGUUUUCCGUGAUUCAUUUCUUCAUACUAUGGUUCUACUUCUUGUAAGUGUUGAGUUUAUUAUAUGGUAUCUCAUGAAUUGUGCCCUCAAUGUCACGUUUCUCGCAGUGAAGUUCACAGGUUAGAUAGACAGGUAUGUCACGUUUCUCACAGUGAAGUUCACAGGUUAAAUAGACAGGUAUGUCACGUUUCUCACAGUGAAGUUUACAGGUUAGAUAGACAGGUAUGUCACGUUUCUCAUUUUGAAGUUCACAGGUUAGAUAGACAGGUAUGUGACAAUUCUCACAGUGAAGUUCACAGGUUAAAUUGACAGGUAUGUCACGUUUCUCAUAGUGAAGUUCACAGGUUAGAUAGACAGGUAUGUCACAUUUCUCAGUGAAGUUCACAGGUUAAAUAGACAGGUAUGUGACAAUUCUCACAGUGAAGUUCACAGGGUAAAGAGACAGGUAUGUCACAUUUCUCACAGUGAAGUUCACAGAGUAAAGAGACAGGUAUGUCACAUUUCUCAGUGAAGUUCACAGGUUAAAUAGACAGGUAUGUCACGUUUCUCAUAGUGAAGUUUGCUGUAUUCAUGACAUGGUCUGGAUUAGCUGUAAUAAUGUAGCCCUUUCCGAUUUUUUUUUUUUUUUUUUUGGUGGGGGGGGGGGGGGGGGGGGGGGGGGGGCUACAUCUCCUUAGAAUCUCCAUAAUGCAGAUGCAGGAGUGAUUCACUCCCACAACAUUUUUGAUCAUUCUAAACAUUUGCCGACUUUCUUGCAUAAUUGAAAUAUUUUAUGUUUCUUAGUCAAUAAUUAUAUAGAUUUAAAACAUGCAACUUACGAUUUGUGGGGCUCUAUUCUACCAUUUUCAACAAUUUUGAUAUCUUCCCAUUUCUUGAUUCAUAUUUGUGUGCCAUGUUUGAUGUACUGAAGUUUCCACUUCUGAUUGUCAAGUUAUUUGCAUAUGCCAUAUAAGGUAGUAUUUACAUCAAUUGACAAGUAUGGAAGAGAAAGCAAUUCCGUCGGUAUUGAAAAGGUUUAAAUGUAAUAUCAAGUUAAAAAACGAACAGCAGAGUGUAGAUUUUUUCUCCCACCAUAUGAUUUUCUUUUCUUUGUCGUAUGAGAUAUUGCGAUAACAAGCAUGGUGGAGCAGACAAAGAAUUUUACAUGUUGUAAAUGAUAUUUAAUGAAAAACACCUUUAUUAGACAUGCCCAAGCACAAAGUCAGCACUUUUAUUUUUGCUGUAAACAACAUUGGAGACAAAUACACAGAGUUUAUUACAGGUUAUCAAUAAAAAUAUUUUGCACUGUAAUGAAGAUCCUACGGAAUUCUAGCCUUAUCCUGAAAACGUCAAUAAUAAUAAAAAUCGGUGAGGGCUACAUUAUUGCAGCUAGGUCUGGUCAUUUUAGAGUAGACUUUUUUUUGCAAAUAUGGCAUCACAUUAUGUCUUUUAAAGGAGCUCUUUGAUUCUGUUUUUCAUCUUCUCAAUAUCUGACUUUAAUUAGUUGACAAUGUCAGAUUUCUAUUGGUUGACAAUGUCAAUUGGUUGACAAUGUCAGAUUUCCAUUGGUUGACAAUGUCCGAUUUCCAUUGGUUGACAAAGUCCCAUUUCCAUUGGUUGGCAAGAUCAGAUUUCGAUUUCUAUUGGUGUACAAUAUCAUGAUUUCUAUUGGUUGACAAUGUCAGAUUUCCAUUGGUUAACAAUGUCAGAUUUCCACUGGUUAACAAUGGUGUUGGUUAAUAUCUCCAUUGCAGACUUCUUCUUGUUGGGUGAAAGUUCACCAUAAUCUCUUUUCUAUAAUGAGUUUUUAGGCCUGCGAUUACAAUAUCUCCAUACAUCAGAACACAAUAUUUUACGUACUUCUUUGAAAUCUUUCUUCAGGGCAUUUUGCUUUAUCUCUAAGAUCUCCAAUGAAUUCAGGGGGGUGGGGGCUACAUCUCCUUAGAAUCUCCAUAAUGCAGAUGCAGGAGUGAUUCACUCCCACAACAUUUUCGAUCAUUCUAAACAUUUGCCGACUUUCUUGCAUAAUUAAAAUAUUUUAUGUUUCUUAGUCAAUAAUUAUAUAGAUUUACAACCUGCAACUUACGAUUUGUGGGGCUCUAUUCUACCAUUUUCAACAAUUUUGAUAUCUUCCCAUUUCUUGAUUCAUAUUUGUGUGCCAUGUUUGAUGUACUGAAGUUUCCACUUCUGAUUGUCAAGUUAUUUGCAUAUGCCAUAUAAGGUAGUAUUUACAUCAAUUGACAAGUAUGGAAGAGAAAGCAAUUCCGUCGGUAUUGAAAAGGUUUAAAUGUAAUAUCAAGUUAAAAAACGAACAGCAGAGUGUAGAUUUUUUCUCCCACCAUAUGAUUUUCAUUUCUUUGUCGUAUGAGAUAUCGCGAUAACAAGAAUUUUACAUGUCGUAAAUGAUAUUUAAUGAAAAACACCUUUAUUAGACAUGCCCAAGCACAAAGUCAGCACUUUUAUUUUUGCUGUAAACAACAUUGGAGACAAAUACACAGAGUUUAUUACAGGUUAUCAAUAAAACGUAUUUUGCACUGUAAUGAAGAUCCUACGGAAUUCUAGCCUUAUCCUGAAAACGUCAAUAAUAAUAAAAAUCGGUGAGGGCUACAUUAUUGCAGCUAGGUCUGGUCAUUUUGGAGUAGACUUUUUUUGCAAAUAUGGCAUCACAUUAUGUCUUUUAAAAGAGCUCUUUGAUUCUGUUUUUCAUCUUCUCAAUAUCUGACUUUAAUUAGUUGGCAUGUCAGAUUUCCAUUGGUUGACAAUGUCAGAUUUCCAUUGGUUGACAAAGUCCCAUUUCCAUUGGUUGGCAAGAUCAGAUUUCUAUUGGUUGACAAUGUCAGAUUUCUAUUGGUGUACAAUAUCAUGAUUUCUAUUGGUUGACAAUGUCAGAUUUCCACUGGUUAACAAUGGUGUUGGUUAAUAUCUCCAUUGCAGACUUCUUCUUGUUGGGUGAAAGUUCACCGUAAUCUCUUUUCUAUAAUGAGUUUCUAGGCCUGCGAUUACAAUAUCUCCAUACAUCAGAACACAAUAUUUUACGUACUUCUUUGAGGUCUUUCUUCAGGGCACCUUGCUUUAUCUCCAAGAUCUCCAAUGAAUUCAGAAAAAUGUUCCCCAUUUAAGAAUUGACGGGUACGGGCCCGUGAUACGUCACACAGUAAAGUUCACGCUGGUUGUUGGUAUGUUGUGGACACUGGGUAUUUUAGAGUCAUUUGAAUUCAUUUCUGUUCUUGGGAUUAAUCAGAGGGGUGGUAAACAUGACAAGCCUUGCCGAGCUUGACCUCACUAGAUAAAGCUGUACAUUGGAGAGGAAUUUCACGUAGACGACCACGUCUGUGACCAGUGUACAGUGUGUGUGCUGAAUAUGUAAAACAGAAAAACAUGAAGUAUGAAUUCAACAUCAGUGAUCGUAGGAAAAUCUAGUGCAGUGUGUGGCCUGAGGUGAAUUCACAAAAUCCUAUAAUCUCAACAGUGUAUUCAGCGUUAUUAGUGAACGAGAUCGACAAAUCCUGUAAUCUUCGAAAUGUAAUCAGCUUUAUUAUUAAACGGAAUCAAGAUCUCUUGUAAACUUCAAAAUACAUUCAGCAUUAAUAGUGAAUGGGAUCGACAAAUUCUGAAAAGUGUGAUAUGUAUUCAGAAUUAAUAGUGAUUGGAUUUCAGAUUUCCUGUAAACUUUGAAAUGUAUUCAGCGUUAUAAGUGAACGGGAUCGACAAAUCCUUUAAACUUCGAGAUGUACAAUUUAGCAUUAAAAGUGAAUGGAAUCGAAAAA